UGCGGGGGAGCCGGAGCCGCAGCCGGAGGAGCCGGAGCCGGAGCGAGCCCGCCCCGGGGGGAGGGCGAGGGCGGCGAGCCAUGCCGGGCGGCGGCGCGGCGGCGUUCCGCCGUCGGUGCUAGAGGGCGACCGCGGGGCGCCGAGCCCGCCUGGCUCGGCGGCGCCGGAGCGCGGAGGCAGCGCGGAGGGGCCGCCGCCGCCGCCGCCGCCAUGGGCAACGCGGGGAGCGUGGACUCGCAGCAGACGGAGCUCCGGGCUCACAGCGUGCCCCUCAAGCUGCCCAUGCCCGAGCCCGGCGAGCUGGAGGAGCGCUUCGCCGUCGUGCUGAACGCGAUGAACUUGCCGCCCGACAAAGCCCGGCUGCUGCGGCAGUACGACAACGAGAAGAAGUGGGAACUCAUCUGCGACCAGGAAAGAUUUCAAGUGAAGAACCCUCCGCACACGUACAUCCAGAAGUUGAAGGGCUAUCUGGACCCGGCAGUGACCAGGAAGAAAUUCAGAAGACGGGUCCAAGAGUCUACUCAAGUACUCCGAGAACUGGAAAUUUCUUUGAGAACAAAUCACAUCGGAUGGGUCAGGGAGUUCUUGAAUGAAGAAAACAAAGGCCUGGACGUUCUGGUGGAGUACUUGUCGUUCGCACAGUACGCAGUCACUUUUGACUUUGAGAGUUUGGAGAACAAUGUGGAAAACGCGAUGGACAAGUCCAAACCCUGGAGCCGAUCUAUUGAAGACCUGCACAGAGGCAGCAAUUUGCCCUCGCCAGUUGGCAAUAGCAUCUCCCGCUCUGGCAGGCACUCGACUUUACGGUACAAUACCUUGCCAAGCCGAAGAACGCUAAAAAAUUCCAGAUUAGUGAGUAAAAAAGACGACGUUCACGUCUGCAUCAUGUGUUUACGUGCCAUAAUGAACUACCAGUACGGAUUCAAUAUGGUCAUGUCGCAUCCGCAUGCUGUCAAUGAAAUUGCACUGAGUUUGAACAACAAGAAUCCCAGGACAAAGGCCCUCGUCUUAGAACUCUUAGCCGCUGUUUGUCUCGUCAGAGGAGGGCAUGAAAUCAUUUUGUCUGCGUUUGAUAACUUCAAGGAGGUGUGUGGAGAGAAACAGCGCUUCGAGAAGCUGAUGGAGCACUUCAGAAAUGAAGACAACAAUAUAGACUUCAUGGUGGCCUGCAUGCAGUUCAUCAACAUCGUUGUCCACUCGGUGGAGGACAUGAACUUCCGAGUCCACCUGCAGUAUGAAUUUACAAAACUGGGCCUGGACGAGUACUUGGACAAAUUGAAACACACAGAGAGCGACAAACUGCAGGUGCAAAUUCAAGCAUACCUGGAUAACGUUUUUGACGUGGGAGCAUUACUGGAGGAUGCUGAAACCAAGAAUGCAGCCCUGGAAAGAGUUGAAGAACUGGAAGAAAAUAUUUCCCAUUUAUCUGAAAAACUCCAAGAUACGGAGAAUGAAGCUAUGGCAAAGAUUGUGGAACUGGAAAAACAGCUUAUGCAAAGAAACAAAGAACUGGAUGUGAUUCGGGAAAUCUACAAAGAUGCCAAUACCCAGGUUCACACCUUGAGAAAAAUGGUGAAAGAAAAAGAGGAAGCCAUCCAGCGACAGUCAACGCUGGAGAAGAAGAUCCAUGAACUGGAGAAGCAGGGGACCAUUAAGAUCCAGAAGAAAGGCGAUGGUGACAUCUCUAUUCUGCCUGUGGCUCUGGCCUCUGGGAUGGUGCCGGCAGGCUCAGAGGCUGUGGCUGGCACGUGUGUCACACCGGUUGCAGGAGCCACAAGUUCUGUCCCCUUGCCUCCACCUCCACCACCAUUACCAGCCUUAGCAGGGGCAUCUGAGGCAGUGCAAAACGGUCCUGUGACGGUGCCAAUGCCGCCUCCACCCCCGCCUCCACCCCCGCCUCCACCACCACCACCUCCUCUCCCAGGUCCAGCUUUGGAGACCGCUCCUGCAGCUCCGCUGCCCCCGCCGCCCCCGCCGUCAGCUCCCCCCCUGCCCGGGACAGCCUCUCCCACCGUGGUUUUCAACUCAGGGCUUGCAGACGGGCCAAUCAAGCUCUUCUCUGUGAAGAUCAAGAAGCCGAUCAAGACCAAGUUCCGCAUGCCAGUGUUCAACUGGGUCGCCCUCAAACCCAACCAGAUCAAUGGGACAGUCUUCAACGAAAUAGAUGACGAAAGGAUCCUGGAGGAUUUAAAUGUGGAUGAAUUUGAAGAAAUAUUCAAAACAAAAGCCCAAGGUCCAGCCAUUGAUCUUACUUCAAGCAAGCAAAAAAUAACUCAGAAAGGGUCAAACAAAGUCACGUUACUGGAUGCAAACAGGGCCAAAAACCUGGCCAUUACUUUAAGGAAAGCUGGAAAGACGGCAGAUGAAAUAUGCAAAGCUAUUCAUGUGUUUGACCUGAAAACGCUACCAGUGGAUUUCGUGGAAUGCCUCAUGCGGUUCCUGCCCACCGAGAACGAAGUGAAAGUGCUGCGGCUCUACGAGCGGGAAAGGAAACCCAUCGAGAACCUGUCCGACGAAGACCGGUUCAUGAUGCAGUUCAGCAAGAUCGAGAGGCUGAUGCAGAAAAUGACCAUCAUGGCCUUUAUAGGCAACUUCGCAGAAAGCAUCCAGAUGCUGACCCCGCAACUUCACGCAAUAAUAGCUGCGUCUGUCUCAAUAAAGUCGUCCCAAAAGCUUAAGAAAAUACUGGAGAUAAUCUUGGCUCUCGGUAACUACAUGAACAGCAGUAAACGAGGAGCUGUGUAUGGAUUUAAACUCCAGAGUUUAGACCUGCUCUUAGAAACAAAGUCAACAGACCGAAAGCAAACCCUGCUGCACUACAUCUCUAAUGUUGUCAAGGAGAAGUACCAGCACGUAUCCCUCUUUUACAACGAGCUUCAUUACGUGGAGAAGGCUGCUGCAGUGUCUCUUGAAAAUGUCCUCUUGGACGUGAAAGAGCUCCAGAGGGGCCUGGACUUGACGAAGCGUGAGUACACCAUGCAUGACCACAACACGAUGCUGAAGGAGUUCAUUCAGAACAAUGAAGGAAAGCUGAAGAAACUGCAGGAUGAUGCCAAAAUAGCCCAGGAUGCCUUUGAUGAUGCUGUGAAGUACUUUGGGGAGAAUCCCAAGACAACACCCCCCUCAGUCUUUUUCCCAGUGUUUGUCCGAUUUGUGAAGGCCUACAAGCAAGCAGAAGAAGAGAAUGAGUUGAGAAAAAAGCAGGAACAGGCCUUAAUGGAAAAACUUAUGGAACAAGAAGCACUGAUGGAGCAGCAGGACCAAAAGUCUCCUUCACAUAAAACAAAGAGGCAGCAGCAAGAGCUAAUUGCAGAGCUCAGACGGCGGCAAGUCAAGGAUAAUAGGCAUGUGUACGAAGGGAAGGAUGGUGCUAUUGAAGACAUUAUAACAGCCCUAAAGAAGAAUAAUAUCACUAAAUUUCCAAAUGUUCACUCGAGGAUCUUAGAAACCAGCCGUACCGACGGGCCGAUGCGGUGAGGAGAAGCGUCCGGCGGCGCUUCGACGACCAGAACUUGCGCUCUGCAAACGGUGCUGAAAUAACCAUGUGAGCUGGAGACGUGUGAAGUCGAGGGCGUGCUCGAGUGAUACCUUGUCCAUGUGAACUGUGUGUUCUGCCGCUUACUUACAGCCUUGGGAACGGUAACCUUACUUUCUAAAGGGCUCAAAGACCUAGAAAAUGCAUAGGAACGUCAGCGAUGGGCUCUCCACUCAACUGUAGCUAACAAGUGCCUAAAACUGAAGUACCUGCUCAAAUUAAUCAAAGCAAUAGGACUUGAUUUGAUUGGGUAUCUUUUUACACCAAUACGUUAUUCAGUAUUUGUAACCAAAAUGUAAAAUACGUGUUGUUUUGGGGUGUUUAGUUCGGUUUGAUUAUAUAAACGUUUAGCGAUCGGUCUUCUGUUGACCUUGCCUGGCUCCCGGCUGGUUGUAAGCAGGUAGUACUUGGAUGUGCUCCGCUGCGAGCUCCCGGAGCUCUUAAACGCAUUCCUGCGCUGUCAGCUGAGGGAUUAGCCUUGGCUUCAGAUGCACUUAUUGGCUUUUUUUUUUUUAAAAAAAAGAAACAAAACUUUUAAGGGCUUUUUCUGUAUGUAAUAGGGAAAUAACGACAAGAAGAUCCGUACCUUUUUCCACCAUACACAGACUCCACACCACUGUAGGUAGGAUGUGGUAACACGUAGGUCAGCAAUCACACGAUUUGUAACAAAUGAACACUUUUCUUCACGUUGGGAGUCCAAUUUUGGUAGUGUGCAAUGCAGGGGUAAGGCACGAGGGAUACCUGCGGGGACAAACGCACUGCAAGUGCACAGAAGGAGAAUGGUGGAUACGGCAGUUACUGUGUUCUUCAGACAGAGGCAGCUUCUGAGUGACGGUGUAUUUAUUACUUAGCACUAAGGUAUUAACAUCUCAAUAAUCAGUAUUAGGCUUCUGAGGACCACUACAGUUCAGUUACUAGCACAGAGAAACCAUCCUGUGCCCUGCUGCGUAGGAUUAACGUCUCCUUACAACCAAGUUUGCAUCUAUGGUGUAACCCCCCCGGCGUCCUUUGACAAUCGAGUUCAAAUUAAGUCCUAAGGUUCGGUUGUUGGGUUCGUUUGUUCGGUAACACUCCAGACGGGUUCUACAUUGCAUUCCCAAAGCUUAAAAAGGGACGGUAGCAGCGCUGUGCACACCCCACUGCCAGUUUGCCCCAGUACCCCAGAGUAACGAGGUGCCACAGCGCUCCGUGCCGGCAGGGCACUCGAUUUUCUCAGACGUGAAGAACUGGACUGCAGAUUAAGUUGUACUUUCCAAGAUACAUUUUGCUUACAGCUUACCUUUCCUGGUAUCGUUGCAUCAAUAUGUUAAUUGUAAAAUUUAUUGUAUAGUAUUUAACCACUGAAUUUCUUUUCUUUUAUGUUGUGCUUAUGUGAACCACUGGUGAAGGUCCCAUUUUUCUUGGAUAAUGUGUAGUUAUAUGAUAAUCUGUUUUUAAAUGUACAGAUAUUUUGCUACAAAAUUGGUGCAGUUUUUUAUGGUUUUUACACUUCUCUUUUAUUCCCACUUUAGCCUCUGGGUAAUAUUGUAAAUAUUGUUUAAAAAAAAAUGCAUCAGCCUGUGCUAUACAAUCUGAAUGUUAUUUUAACUUAUAGUUUUUGUUUUUAUAUUUAACUAAAUGGACAGUUUGGGGCUCAGUUACCACAUUGACCUCGGCUUACCUAUUUACAGGAAGAUUACUUUAAAAACUGCCACCUUCUUGCAUUUACAGCAACAUGUACUUGACAUGCUAAAGAGAACAUGCCAAAUUGCCUCUUUCUUCACUGCUUGUGACAGAAGAGUAUUUGAAUCUGUGUAAAAUAUUUGGCAGUUAAUUUAAUAAAUUGGUAGUCAAACGGUUUAAAACAGUAGCUUUCAUAUUCUCAAGCUCAAAGGUAUUUUUUUAAACUUAAGACAAAAAUUCUCAUCCAGCUGGACUAUAAUGCUGGCAUGUUCUCUUUAAUAUUUUUCUAGUAAUAGACCUGCUUCUUAGCAAUAUUAGAGAUGUUUUAUAAAAGCAGUUCAUGUUACUUUCCUGGUCUGUUCCUGGCAUAAGAUCAAAUAAACUAUUUACACUACUAGCCCGCAA